AUGCUCAUAUUGCAGAUGAUGCUAGUACCACUGGUUUUUUGUCAUGACCAUCAAACUCACAACAAAGCCAAGGCUUACCAAGAGGGCGAUGUUAUAUUGGGCGGUCUGUUUCCUGUCCAUUUAUACUGCCCAGAUUCGUGCAAUUACAGCUGUGGCGAUUUGCGAUCUCGCGAUAUAGUUUAUUUUACUCAAGCUAUGAUAUUCGCCAUAGAUGAAGCCAAUAACAAUUCUUUCAUUCUCCCAGGAAUCUCGCUUGGAUUUGACAUCCUUGAUUACUGCUCCAAGGACUUCAUUGCAUUGGAAGAGGCGUCUAAUUUUUUUCCAUCUUGUUCUAAAGCUCCUCUGCCACCGAUUGUUGGCGUUAUAGGACCUUAUUCAAGCAGCGUGGCUCUCCAGGUUUCGAAUCUUCUCGGGCUAUUCAAAGUGCCGCACAUAAGUUACGGAGCUACCAGCCCGGUACUUAGCGACAAACAACGCUUCAAGUACUUCGCUCGUACAGUUCCUUCAGAUGAAAUGCGCUCCCGUGCGUUAGUUGAUCUUCUACUUCACAACGGCACGCUCUAUGUCUCUGUAGUUUACUCUGACGAUGAAUUUGGUCGUGAGGGAAGAAAAUCCUUCACAAAAGAAGCAGAGAACCGCGGUAUAUGCAUCGGAACAACAAAAGCUCUUUCACAAGGUGACCAGGCAUCCAAUUUUUAUGAAACAGCGAUCGCUAUCAGCGAGAAGUUAAAUUCUCGAGUAAUAGUCUUGUUUUGCUCCAAGCGCGACAUAGGCUUACUUUUCAGAACGAUCAAAAAACUUGGGAAGCACAGUUAUUUUCGAUGGGUUAUUGGAGGUGACUCGUCCGAAAUGUCUGUGUAUUUAGAUGGAAACGACGACAUGGCUAGCAACGUGGUAAUUUGUUCGCCCCACAAUGAAAAGGCGACAAUAUUUGAGAAAUGGACAAACACAGCCAACUUGGUAAAUCGUAACCCUUGGAUCUCAGAAAUAUCAGUUCUAAUAUCAGAGAUUAAUACAACGAAAAAUCGAAGUUUUAUCAGUCACGAAGUAGAGCAAUCUUCGACCGAUGCUUAUAUUCAAAGUGUCAUAAAUUCUGUGUAUACUUUUGUCCACGUCUUGGACAAAAUCUACAAAACCGAUUGCAAGAACAUGUCAAAUCCUAAAUCCUGCUUGCAAGCAAAGUCACAGGACGGAAAAUUGGUACUUGAAAGGAUUCUAACCAUUUCGUUCAUGCGGAAAAACGGAAGAAAGAUUGAAUUUGAUAAAAACGGCGACAUUUCUGCAGAGUAUGACUUUUUGAAACCACUCAAAGAUGAACACGGUAGAUGGGGCCUUACCUUAUUAGGGCGCUGGAGUGAAAAAAACCGGUCGGGUUCUUCCAUGGUGACGCUGUGUAAGGACAUGGACAUCUUGCCCCGUACUUCAUGUAGUCAGCCCUGCAAACCUGGAGAAAUUAAAAUACCGGUUACCAGGGCCUGCUGUUGGAUAUGCAACUUGUGCAACAACAAUGAGAUAACCACUAAAGAACAAAUGGAAUGCUUGCCAUGCAAAAAAGGUUUUAAAGUAAGUUUUCCAAAGUAUCAUAAGACUAGCAAUAACCAAAAGUUCAGAAGCGAGUGGGGGAGAGAUCGACACAAACGCGAUUGCCCCAACGCUGUGCUCUGCGUGCAUUUCACGUGAUAGAAUGUCAAAACGCGCGUUACCAGAUUAAGAGUGAUAGAAGGUCCCUGAUCAGAUUUCGUUCUUAGCAUUUGUCGUGGAAGUCCAAACGAAUGCUGGAUACAUACGUGACGCGCAUGUGUUAUACCAGCCCGGAGAGUAGGAUUGCAGGUUCAUCCCCUCCUCUUCAGAAACUUAAGCCUGCUUGCAGUCUCAUGUAUAGACUGGAGAAUCUUUUUGAUUGACCAUCUUACGAUAUAGAGAUGGGCGGAAUUAACGAGCUACUACUUCUAACUUGCUCCUUUCAGUCUCCUUUCAGUUUUCUGAUCAGCUGCCCCCACCUCAGUGGCGUGGAGGCGGCAAGGAUGCUGGGGCACCAUGACGUCUCCAAUAUGGCGGCUAUGACGAGCGCUACUUUGGAUUCGGUGCAGAAGCCAGGUUUACUGAGAACAACUAAAUUCAUUAACUUGCGUUUGUUUCUCCUUGUUUUAGCCAGAUGUUAACAAAACCAAGUGUUUAAAGCAGCCAGUUGUUAGCGUGGAUCCAUCGUCUGGUUUCAUUCUGUUUACUAUUUCUUUCUCAAGUACUGGACUUGCAUGUGCAUUGUUGACGCUUGUUAUGUUUAUAAGAUGGCGGGCCCAUCCACUCAUCAAGGCAUCUAGCUGCGGACUGAGCUGUUUGCUUCUGGUUGGGAUAAUGAUAACUUAUGGAGAGAGUUUUUUGAAUCUAAUAACACCAGGUAAGAUAUCAAACACCAUAUACUAAGUUGUAAUUACUGUCAAACUCCGAAAACCGUGAACACCUGGAAAAUUUCAGGAAUGUUGAUUGUGUAGAUUGUGUACUGGCCAAUUAUAGCAAAGUUCAGGAUACGCAAGCAAACCUCAAAACCGCAAUCUAAUUACUGUUGCUGAAGUUAUGAAUAUACGAGAAUCAUAUAUGUGACGUGCGGAGUGAAGAAUUAAAAGAAGUAUGAUCAUCGCAGUUAUAUAAGCAGCUUUUGCAGUUGCGAAAAGAAAGCCUGAAAACAAUUCAGGCCUAUACGGGAUUCAAACCCUUGACCUCUGCGAUACCGGUGCAGCGCUCUACCAGUUAAGCUAACAAGCCAACUGAGAGCAGGUCGUUACCGUUGCUGUUUGCGUGUUAUGUACCUCGUGCCUUAUUGGCUAAUUCCUCGCAACGCAAUAACAUUCCAUAAAUAUUUCUGGUGUUCACGGUUUUGUGAGUUUCACAGUAACAGUACUUGACAUGAUACUGAUUAUUUUGCUUGUUUUCUCUAUCACGCAAUCAGACACAAAAAUCGAAACUUUCCAACCAAAAAAGACAAAAUUAAAUAACUUAAAUAUGCAAAAAAAUCUCGGCUCGCCAAGAUCCACUGGUCUGAGUGUUUUUUUCACGUGACAUAUUAGGAGAAAUGUUUUGCCUAAAUUUACAGAGCUAGCCUGCGUAGCAGGCGCCGGUUUUUUUUAUGGCGAAGGAAGAUAAUCUCGAGGAUGCGCGAGGGUAGAAAACUGAGAGGGAGGCCUCCAUCCCCCUUCGCGUGUUCCCCUCGCGUGGCCUGUAAAAUAAAAUAAAUAACUGGCGCCUGCUACGCAGGCUAUUACAGAGGUUUUUUUAAUUUUUGGAAACGCCAUGAUAUGUUUUUCCUCCGAAAGGCACCAACAUGGUUGCUAGAAACUAAGAGAUCACAUGAUCAUUAAGAUAUUCUACGAAAUCGAUUAGUAAAGCUUAUGAUAAAAAUUAAAAUUACUACUUAUUCUAAUGCAGGAAGUCUUUGAACAGCGAAAUCUCAAAAGCUAAGCCAUUUUCUUAUUUUUCCCUUCAUAUAGAUAACCUGGUGUGUAGCCUGAGGGGCUACACCCGUCUGGGUCACGUGAUGUGUUACGCGGUUAUGUUCUCUAAAACUCUGAGGGUAAAUCGCCUGUUCAACUCUACUCUCCGUGAGACUAUGAAUCCUACAUUUGUCAGCACUCGCUCGCACUUGGCCAUAAUAAGUUUCAUUGUAGGCUUUACUCUGACUUAUUCUACGGUGUGGGGAUUCCUUAGGUAAGUAAUGACAAAUACUUCCGGGUAUUUGUAAAAGUAAAAGCGCACGAAAAGUGAAGGUGUCUCGAACGGCAAAAACAUUAUGUAGACGUCUGUGGCUUUGAGAUCGCAACAAGCAACACAAAUAAGUGUUAAAUUAAAUGAAAGACGAUCAUCGCAGUUCUAGAUGCGACUUUUGCAAUUGCGAAAAGGAAAGCUUGAAAACAAAUUACAGUUUUAGUAGAGUGGUUACAACUUGAAUUCGGCAUCAAUCACACGCAGCCGUGAACGUUGCAAUUAGCUUAAAUGUGAGUUUUCGUCUUUUUUCAGAUACCAACAGAAUGUGUCAAAAAUCUACCUACCAGAUGAAGUUGUUGUGCAGUGUAACAUCACGCGACUGAACGUGGCAAUAACAAAUUCGUUUUACUUGAGUCUACUUGCGUUGUGUGCUGUCUAUACGUUCAAAACUCGCAAACUUCCCAAGCAGUUUAGAGAAACCAAAGGCUUGGCCUUGGCAAUUUACUUAGCUGCUACUAUUCAUCUUAUUGUUCUGUCCAUCGUCUGCACUAUGGGCGACCAGAACCUGAUUCGAGGACGAGCCGUUAUUUUGAGUCAGCCAUUGGCUGCUUCUGCCAUAUUCUUUCCGGUUUAUUUACCUAAAUUAUACAGUGUAGUAUUUCGAAAGGAAAAGAUUGUUAGCAUGUCAAAACACGACAAUUCGCCUGGAAAAGGUAAGAAGCGCAGUUCACAAGGCUUCUCUAUGCGAUUAAGCCGAUCCACUCUAAAACUUCUCCAACGCAGAAAUGGUACCGUAACCACACGGCGUUUAGGAGUGCAAACUGACGAAUUAAUCCUAAGCCAUUGCGAGUCAUUAGCGACACUUUCCGAAGAUUCUCGAAGCCCUGCAACUUCUACUGAAACCUUACCAAGCAACCGAUGCCUGUCAAUAACCGAACAAAGCAGACGAGAAGAAAGAUGUGAUGGUCCAAGUUAUAAUGAAAUUACAUCUGGCAGUUCCGUUUACUCUACUUGGUUAUAG